AUGGCGUCGAAUUCGGCCACGGCAUCGAAUUUGCCUCACAAUAAGUUUUCCUACGACUUCUUUCAUUCUUGGCCUAACAAUAAUAUCAACUCCAUUACUGAACUGGUCCCAAACAUCAAACCACCAACAAAACGAAACAACCGACCGACCAAAAGGACAACUUUCACAUCCGAGCAGGUCACACUUUUGGAAUUGGAAUUUGCAAAGAAUGAAUACAUCUGCAAAGAUCGAAGAGGUGAACUCGCUCAAGUGAUUGAUCUGACGGAGUGUCAAGUGAAGACAUGGUUUCAAAAUCGGAGAACUAAGAAGAGAAGGUGCAACUCUCCUCUCCGAAAAAGUCAAAUCAUAAAGUCCGAGGACCGCUCUCCAUCCCCACUGCAAUACAUAGCACCCACACAACCAGUGCCUAAUCUUCAAUCGUUUUUCCAAGGAUGGCCCACGCGUUUCCCGUACCCAUUGUCCACUGAUUCUCACUACAAUAAUAAUAAUCAUGAUAACAAUAAUAAGAGUGCUUAA